AUGGAGAAGCUGGUUGCUUGUCUAUACCAAAGGCCAAAUGCUCUCUGUAGGCUGAUUUGUUUUCCGUGGGCUGGAGGUGGAACUUCUCAGCUUGCUCAAUGGGGCAAACUCUUCAGCAGCUCAAUUGAAGUGUCCUCUGUAAGGCUUCCUGGAAGAGAAUCUCGUCUUAAGGAGCCUUUUGCGAAAGACAUGACAACCGUAGUUAAUGAAAUUACAAGUGUUUUGUUAAAAGAAUUGCAAGAAAAACCAUUUGCAUUUUUUGGUCACAGUUUUGGAUCUUAUAUUAGUUUUGCAGUUGCGCUACACUUGAAAGAAAAGUAUGGACUAGAGCCGAUCCAUCUUUUUGUAUCAGGGGCACAUGCCCCACACUCUGAAGCAUUUCUUCCAAUCAAAAGCAUACCCAUAUAUGAUGCAGAAGAUGAAGACAUUCUUACAUAUAUACAAAUUUUAGGAGGAACUCCUUCUGAGCUUCUGCAAAAUGAAGACAUUAAGAAACGUCUGAUACUUACUUUCAGAGAAGACCUUAGAGUUCUUCAGACAUUUUCUUUUGAGAAGGCAGAAAGGAAUAUCCCCUUCUCUUGUGAUAUUACCUGCUUCGAUGGCUCUGAAGAUAAACCACAUGAUUUAGAAGCCUGGCAUGAUCUAACAAGUGGAGAUAUUUCCUUUUACAAGCUUCCUGGAGGUCACUUUUAUCUGCUGGAACCCUCCAAUGAAAUUUUCUUGACAAAACACAUAACAAGAUGUAUAGAAAAUGCUGGUCUAUGAGUAUUUCCUUCUAUUUUAAUGGCAGAAGGUGUAACAUUAGUCUACAGCACUUCAUAAUAAGUCAUUCUUUCUGUACAAUUACAUGCAGUUAUGCCUAAGAGUUGUUCUGUUCCUCCAGAUCUUUAUUGUAAUCCUUUAAAAGGGGAGUUUUUCUGAUUUUUUGAAAAUAAACAUUGGCUUUGGGUCUUAAAAAAGUUUUCAUCUUUUCCCUCUUCUCAUCUUC